AGACCCACCUCAGCUUAACACUAGAGAACUUAUUAGCGGGACACUGGAAGAGACACUAUGUCAGGGGACACAUACCUGAGGCUGCUCUCUGUAGUAGCCUAUUUAUGUGUUCUCAACACUGAGGCUUACUCAAGAAGUCUUCCACUCUCUCUUCCUGACUGGAGGUCAAAUGCAGAUUAUUUCGCAAAGUGUGAUUUUGGCAGUGAUUUGCCAGCAUCCUGCGAUUGGACCUCUGAGGGACCCAUCAGCGCUCAGACGGCAACAGAGGAAACGGCUCUCCAUCCUGAGAGUCCAUCUGGUGUGUUUCGUCUCAAGAGUGGAUUUCUUACGAUCUCAGAAGACUCCUGUCUGGAGUUUUGGUACCAUAAACCUAACAAGAACAGUUCUGAACUCAAAGUUUCGCUAGUGGAUGACAUUCUGCAGACGUUGAUUUGGACCUCGGAGACAUCUAGCAGUGGACACUGGAGACAAGUCUUCAUUCCUCUCACAAAGCAAUCUGACAAUGACAACGUCCAGGUUGUUUUUGAGCUAUCAAAAGGCCUGCAUGAUGAUGAAAAAACUGCUUUUGACAGAAUAGGAAUACGGAAGGGACAAUGUGGGCCACAAUGUCAGCAAAGAAGCACAUUUUGGACUGAUAAAAGCACUUACUGUGCUUGCAUUGAUGAGCAACUCAUCUGUUCUCACAUGCCUUGGUCCAGCGACACCUUUGGCACCUGCCAUGUGGCCUCUGACCCACAUUACACUACUUUUGAUGGGGUCAGCUUCCAAUUUGAGAGUCCCUGUACCUAUGUAAUGUCAAAGGUCUGUGAUGAGUCAGGGCUGCUUCCGGAGUUUGCAGUGGAGGUGCAGAAUGAGAAAAAAGGGGAGUCACACGUAUCCUCCGUUCAGCAGGUGAACGUCAAUAUACAUGGUCUCACAGUGACCAUGAUGAGGACAGAGAAGAAGAAAGUCAUGGUAAACGGGAUUUGGAAUAAUCUCCCUCUACACCUGAAAGAAAACAGAGUUACGGUUAACGCCCAGAAAGAUGCUUUGGUCCUUCAGACCGACUUCAAACUGUCCGUCUUCUACAUGCGAUCCGGUGCCGUUCAGGUGACCGUUCCCAGCCAUUACUCAAACAGAAUCUGUGGCAUGUGUGGCAACUUUAACCACAAGACAGAAGACGACUUCAAGAUCCCAGAUGGGUCACAUGUGCAGGACGCUCAUGUUUUAGGGCAGAGAGUGUGUGAGGAGCCCACCCUGCCCAGGGUCUGCACAGACGCAGAGGAGAAGCAGUACACCAGCGAGGCUUACUGCGGCAUGCUAACAUCCAAACAAGGGCCAUUCUCAAUGUGCUUAUCUGUUCUGAAUGCAGAUACUUUCUUCCAAAGCUGCAUGUAUGAUAUGUGCACAACUCACGGAGAUCCUGACGCGCUCUGCAAUGCCAUCGAGGCCUUCAGUGCAACCUGCAAGAAAGCUGGGAUCUCUGUUCUGGCCUGGAGGAACUCCACAUUCUGUCCUGUGACGUGUGGGCCUAACAGCCAUUACACCGCCUGUGCCAGCGGCUGCCCUAAGACCUGCUCCACCCAGGACGCUACAGGGCUUUGUGGGAUAUGUGAAGAGCGCUGUGAUUGUGACGAUGGCUUUAUGCUCAGCGGAGCAGCAUGCGUAUUAGCUGAAGACUGUGGAUGCUGGGCUAAUGAACAGCAUUAUUCGAUCACACAGACAUUUAUGGAGGGUGAAUGUGAGCAACAAUGCCAGUGUUUGGGCCAAGGGAACAUUCAAUGUUCACGUAUGUCCUGCUUGGCUGAUGAAGCGUGCAUGGUUAAGGACGGCGUCUUGGGUUGCUUUCCAUCGAGCCCGGCGACCUGCAGUGUCUACGGUGACCCCCAUUACAUUACUUUCGAUGGCAAAGCCUACUCCUUCUGGGGCACCUGCAACUACACCAUAGCAAAGACCUGCGGGCCUACUGACACCCCGUUCGAGAUAACGGCACGAAAUGAGGGAGAGAGCAACUCUCCAACUUCCUCUCUUAACUCUGUAGCUCUUCACACGAAAGGCCUACACAUUGUCAUCGGGAAGAACAAGCAAGUUUACGCAAACGGUGCUCAGGUUCGCCUCCCUGCGGAGUUUAGUUCCUCUGUGUCUGUGAUUGAGUCAGGACCUUAUACUCAGAUUAAUACAAACUUCGGUCUGAGGCUGCUGUUUGGAAACUCCAGGUUGUUCGUCCAGGUGGAUGAACGCUACAGAGGAGUGCUGUGCGGCCUCUGCGGUACCUACUCCGGAAGUCAGUUUGACGAUUUUCUGACACCCGGCGGCAACACAGUAGCGAAUCCGUACGAGUUCGCCAGCAGCUGGAAUACCGACGACACCGACUGGCCUUGCACUAAUGGCUCUCCAUACCCUCCUGAGUGUCAUUCAGACUUGGAGGAUGAAGCAUAUACAAAAUGCAGUGAACUGUAUGAAGACGCUUUCAAAGAGUGCCACUGGUUUGUUCCACCACAGAUUUAUGUUAGCAGCUGUGUUUCUGAUUACUGCAUUUCCAAGGGCGACAAAGCUCAGCUCUGCACCUCUUUUGAGGACUAUGUGUCUGCUUGUGAAAUGACUGAGGUGUUUCUGCCAGAUUGGAGGAAUCACACCUUGUGCUUUGCCAAUCCACUCCCAACAGAUAAACCCACACCACCUCCAUCGUCUGCAAGUUGCACAUGGAGCUGUAACUUUGACCAGGAUGAAUGUGGGUGGGAACAACUUAUCCAAGACAGUUUUGAUUGGACCAGAUGGUCAGGGUCAACACCAUCAAACUUUACCGGGCCAGAUGGUGACCACACCACAGGACGUGGCUAUUACAUGUAUAUCGAGGGGGAUAGUGUGGUCCAUGGCGACUCAGCCCGAAUAAUGAGCCCCAUCUGCAACACUUCCGGCAAGCAGUGUUUGAGUUUCUGGUUUCACAUGUAUGGCCUGGCAAAUGCAAUGUCACUCAAUCUCUAUAUAUUUGAGAACAAUCGUGCCAUCAAAAUAUGGUCCAGAGCCAACAACCAGGGCAACAACUGGUACAAAGGCCAGGUUGAAAUCCAACCACAACAUCCUUUCGAGAUCAUCAUAGAAGCCAUCAGGGGCUCAGAUCCUCACUCAGAUGUAUCCAUAGACGAUGUGGCCAUAAUGCAUGGUGCAUGUGACUAUUUGUCUGUAGAAGAUCUGCACUCGACUCUGGCACCCCAUCCAUCUACUCCAGACUUAUUUGACCCCCAUCCAAUUUGUAGCAUCGACUGCGAUUUUGAAAACGACAUCUGCAGUUGGACUCAGAUGAUGACUGAUGUUUUUGAUUGGACAAGACACAGUGGCUCCACUUCCACAUCAAUGACUGGUCCCUCCUCUGACCACACAACAGGAAGUGGUUUUUAUAUGUACAUUGAGGGUGACAGUGCUGCCCAUGGUGACACGGCCCGUCUCCUCAGUGCAGAAUGUGCUGACACUCAACCUCAGUGUCUUCAGUUCUGGUACUACAUGCAUGGUUCCAGCUGGACCAUGGGACUGAGCGUCUACCUGCUGCAACAUGGCAAUGUGGGCACGGAGGUCUGGAGAAUGAGAGAAAACCAAGGAAACAUGUGGCAUCUUGCACGGGUGGACCUGAGAUCAGAUGUAAAGUUCAAGGUGAUCUUUGAAGGACAGAGAGGAAGUUCAGCCCUGUCAGAUGUUGCCAUUGAUGACAUCACACUGCACAGAGGGGCCUGUAGCGAUUUACCAAACCAAGUGGCUCCACGUUUAGUCCUAUUGCCACCAGCUGCACCCAUCCAACGUAGAACAGUUCCAAACACCUCAGCAUCUUGUCUCAUCAACUGUGAUUUUGAAAAAGACAUUUGCGCUUGGACUCAGUUGCCGACUGAUGUUUUUGAUUGGACGAGAAACAGAGGCUCCACCCCCACAUCAAUGACUGGCCCCUCCUCUGACCACACAACAGGAAGUGGUUUUUAUAUGUACAUUGAGGGUGACAGUGCUACCCAUGGUGACACGGCCCGUCUCCUCAGUGCAGAAUGCGCUGACACUCAACCUCAGUGUCUUCAGUUCUGGUACCACAUGUAUGGCUCCAGCUGGACCAUGGGACUGAGCGUCUACCUGCUGCAAUAUGGCAAUGUGGCCAAGGAGGUGUGGAGAAUGAGAGAAAACCAGGGUAACAUGUGGCAUCUUGCACGGGUGGACCUGAGACCAGAAGUCAAGUUCAAUGUGAUCUUUGAGGGACGAAGAGGAAGCUCAGCCUGGUCAGAUGUUGCCAUUGAUGACGUCUCACUGCACAGAGGAGCCUGUAGCGAUUUGCCAAACCCGGUGACUCCUUCUUUAGUUCCAUUGCCACCCACUACAACAACGCCACAGCCUGCACCCAUCCAAACUACAGAAACACCAAACACCUCAGCAUCUUGUGUCAUCAACUGUGAUUUUGAAAAAGACAUUUGCGCUUGGACUCAGUUGCCGACUGAUGUUUUUGAUUGGAUGAGAAACAAAGGCUCCACCCCCACAUCAAUGACUGGCCCCUCCUCUGACCACACAACAGGAAGUGGUUUUUAUAUGUACAUUGAGGGUGACAGUGCUACCCAUGGUGACACGGCCCGUCUCCUCAGUGCAGAAUGCGCUGACACUCAACCUCAGUGUCUUCAGUUCUGGUACCACAUGUAUGGCUCCAGCUGGACCAUGGGACUGAGCGUCUACCUGCUGCAAUAUGGCAAUGUGGCCAAGGAGGUGUGGAGAAUGAGAGAAAACCAGGGUAACAUGUGGCAUCUUGCACAGGUGGACCUGAGACCAGAUGUUAAGUUCCAGGUGAUCUUUGAGGGACGAAGAGGAAGCUCAGCCCGGUCAGAUGUUGCCAUUGAUGACGUCUCACUGCACAAAGGAGCCUGUAGCCAUUUACCAAACCAAGUGGCUCCACGAUUAGACCUAUUGCCACCAGCUGCACCCAUCCAACGUAGAACAGUUCCAAACACCUCAGCUUCUUGUCACAUAAACUGUGAUUUUGAAAAAGACAUUUGCGCUUGGACUCAGUUGCCGACUGAUGUUUUUGAUUGGAUGAGAAACAAAGGCUCCACCCCCACAUCAAUGACUGGCCCCUCCUCUGACCACACAACAGGAAGUGGUUUUUAUAUGUACAUCGAGGGUGACAGCGCUACCCAUGGUGACACGGCCCGUCUCCUCAGUGCAGAAUGCGCUGACACUCAACCUCAGUGUCUUCAGUUCUGGUACCACAUGUAUGGCUCCAGCUGGACCAUGGGACUGAGCGUCUACCUGCUGCAAUAUGGCAAUGUGGCCAAGGAGGUGUGGAGAAUGAGAGAAGACCAGGGAAACAUGUGGCAUUUUGCACAGGUGGACCUGAGACCAGAUGUUAAGUUCCAGGUGAUCUUUGAGGGACGAAGAGGAAGCUCAGCCCGGUCAGAUGUUGCCAUUGAUGACGUCUCACUGCACAAAGGAGCCUGUAGCGAUUUACCAAACCUUGGGAAUCCUCCUUCAGUUCCAUUGCCACCCACUACAACAACGCCACAGACUGCACCCAUCCAAACUACAGAAACAAUGCCACAGCCUGGACCCAUCCAUACUACAGAAACACCAAACACCUCAGCAUCUUGUGUCAUCAACUGUGAUUUUGAAAAAGACAUUUGCGCUUGGACUCAGUUGCCGACUGAUGUUUUUGAUUGGACGAGAAACAGAGGCUCCACCCCCACAUCAAUGACUGGCCCCUCCUCUGACCACUCAACAGGAAGUGGUUUUUAUAUGUACAUUGAGGGUGACAGUGCUACCCAUGGUGACACGGCCCGUCUCCUCAGUGCAGAAUGCGCUGACACUCAACCUCAGUGUCUUCAGUUCUGGUACCACAUGUAUGGCUCCAGCUGGACCAUGGGACUGAGCGUCUACCUGCUGCAAUAUGGCAAUGUGGCCAAGGAGGUGUGGAGAAUGAGAGAAGACCAGGGAAACAUGUGGCAUUUUGCACAGGUGGACCUGAGACCAGAUGUUAAAUUCCAGGUGAUCUUUGAGGGACGAAGAGGAAGCUCAGCCCGAUCAGAUGUUGCUAUUGAUGACGUCUCACUGCACAAAGGAGCCUGUAGUGAGAUCACUCUUUCUGGUACACGUGGAAAUUCUGACAGCAUUAGCAAAAAUAACAUGAUAAAACCGAAUGAGGAGGGGGGCAAAGAACGAGAAAGAGUUUGGAGAGAGUUGGAAAGCAACAGAUGACAAAAUCACAGCAAGACGGAGGCGAUCCCUGCAGUUCAAGGAACGUUUUCGGGCUUAAGUUGAAACACUUCCUUCAUACGAAGCAAACGAUUACCUGAAAACACCUGUCAUCUGUCAAUAUGGACCCCCUCUACAUCAUAGCUCAUGAACUACUCAAACCAGUUUUAGCAAGAGCAUUUGGUGUGCAAGUGUUGUUUACCUAGGACAUAUCUGUUAUCACCUCUUACAUAGUAAUUUCAUAUUACCAGUUACAGAUAACACCAUAGAAAGAUACAGUAAUUUUUUUCCUCAAGUUCACACAGGACUGUAACCUCAGGACAUUAAUUAUGAGAACGUUACAUUAAUGUUUGAACAUCCACAGAAUGUGCAAUUACUUAUUUUAAUUUUCAAUAUUUAAUCUGUUUUAUCAUUUAAAAAAACUAGCUAACUUCUUUUUGUUAAAAUUAUGUAAUAUGCAUGUUAUCUCUUUUUGUCUU